AUAAUGGAGUUCGUUUCGCGCCAAUUUUCCUUUCAGAUUCAGUGUGCCUCAGUCAGUUUUUGUUGAACUACCGAUUAAAUAUACUUCUUUUGCAGUUUUGUCACAAUUAAAUAACAGUAACAAUAACGCGUACUUUGUCUUCACUCUUUAAACUUUGGCGUACGUUAUAUAAAAUGCCGGGUGCAAAUGAAGUAACUUUGAAAGUCACUCGCCUCACCGAACACGCUUUCCUACCUGUGAAAGGGUCUGAAAAAGCUGCGGGAUUCGACUUGAAAAGUGCGUAUGACUACACAGUGCCUGCCCGUGGUAAACAAUUAAUAAAAACUGAUCUUCAGUUAGAAUUGCCAUCCGGAUGUUAUGGACGUGUUGCCCCACGUUCAGGUUUGGCAGUUAAAAAUUUCAUUGAUGUUGGUGCCGGUGUCAUCGAUGAAGAUUAUCGAGGUAAUGUUGGAGUAGUACUUUUCAAUCAUUCUGAUCAACAUUUUGAUGUAAAGAAAGGUGAUAGAAUUGCACAAUUGAUCUGUGAACAAAUCUUCCACCCAGUUUUAGAGGAAGUUAACAGUCUUUCAGAUACAAAAAGGUCAGAUGGAGGAUUUGGUUCAACUGGAAUGCAGUAAUUUACAUGCUACUAUAGUUUUACACAACAAGUAUGCUGAUCUUUCCAUAAUUAUAAUUACUUAGAACUUUAGUUUUAAAAUUAGAUAAGUAAUAAUGUAAGUUCAAAUUAAUGAUAAGACAAGAAAAACUUUUUUGUAUGUUAAUGAAACUAAUAAAUGAUUACAAGU